AUCAGAUCCAUGACACCGCUGCACAAUUGCCGAAUCGCCGAUGACGUCCCGUUCCGUUGCGACGGGACGCCACCCGCAUUUCGCCGCAACCCCGAGUCCGUUCUUGUUUCUGGUCAAGCAAGCAAUCGACUUCCGAGGCAAGCCGAGUCCGGAAGUGGACGUCGGCAUCAACGUCCGCGCCUAACAGCCUCAUGCGCUUUCAGCCCGCAACUCGCUGUCUAGCCCUCGCUCAGCAACUGCGAAGUCCCUGGUACCGAACGUUUUCGACAUUCAACAAUCCUGCCGCAAUGGCCGCUGUCAACGGCUCCUCAUCGGCUCAAAGCCCUGGAGAGGGCGUGGCGCUCGCGGCGCUCCCCAAGUCAUGGCACUUUACGUCCGCGCUUCCCGCAGAUUCCCUCUUUCCGACGCCGGCCGACAGCCACAAGGCAUCGCGCGAGGAUCUCGGUCCCCGCCAGGUGCGCGGCGCCCUGUUCACAUGGGUCCGGCCCGAGACGCAGAGGGACCCGGAACUGCUCGCUGUGUCUCCCGCAGCAAUGCGCGACCUGGGCUUGGCGCUAUCCGAAGCUGAGACGGAAGAGUUCAAGCAGACAGUAGCAGGGAACAGAAUCCAAGGGUGGGACUCCGAGACCCUCUCCGGGCCGGGCUAUCCCUGGGCGCAAUGCUACGGUGGCUACCAGUUCGGAGACUGGGCGGGACAGCUCGGAGACGGAAGGGCAAUCAGCUUGUUCGAGGCGACAAACCCUCACACAGGGGUACGGCAUGAAGUGCAGCUCAAGGGGGCUGGCAUUACUCCCUACAGCCGCUUCGCCGACGGCAAGGCCGUUUUGCGCAGCAGCAUCCGCGAGUUUGUCGUUAGCGAGGCGCUCCAUGCCCUGGGCAUUCCGAGCACGAGAGCGCUGGCCAUCAGCCUGCUGCCGCACAGCCAUGUCAGGCGGGAGCGCAUCGAGCCCGGCGCCAUCGUGGUGCGGUUCGCGCAGAGCUGGCUGCGCUUCGGCACUUUUGACCUCCUUCGCGCCCGUCACGACCGGGCCAACCUCCGCCUCCUCGCAACCUACGUCGCUGAGGAUGUCUUUGGCGGGUGGGAGAACCUCCCCGGUCGCCUCGACGACCCGGCCGACCCAUCCAAGAGCCCGGAACCCCCGCGCGGCAUCCCCAAGGACGAGCUUCAAGGGCCCGCCGGCGCCGAAGAGAACCGCUUCGCGCGCCUCUACCGCGAGAUCGCGCGGCGCAACGCGCUCACCGUCGCCAAGUGGCAGGCCUACGGGUUCAUGAACGGCGUGCUCAACACCGACAACACGUCCAUCUUCGGCCUGUCCAUGGACUUCGGCCCCUUCGCGUUCAUGGACAACUUCGACCCGAGCUACACGCCCAACCACGACGACCACUUCCUGCGGUACAGCUACCGCACGCAGCCCGGCGCAAUCUACUGGAACCUGGUCCGGCUCGGCGAAGACCUGGCCGAGUUGUUCGGCGCCGGGCCGGACGUCGACUCGCCGACCUUCAUGGACAAGGGCGUGUCCAAGGAAGCCGAACCGGGCAUCAUCGCCCGCGCCGAGAAGAUCAUCGAGCAGGCAGGCGAGGAAUACAAAUCCGUCUUCCUCGCCGAAUACAAGCGCUGCAUGGCCCUGCGCCUCGGGCUGAAAACCCAACAGCCGACCGACUUCGACGAGGUCCUCUCCCCCUUACUGGACACCAUGCAGGAGCUCGAACUCGAUUUCCACCACUUCUUUCGCCGCCUCUCUACCCUGGCCGUGUCCGCCCUCGCCACGCCCGAAGACCGCCUCGCGCACGCGAGCCGCUUCUUCUACGCCGAAGAAGCCGUCACCGAGGCAGGGAAGCAGCGGAUCGCCGACUGGCUCGCGCGCUGGCGGGAGCGUGUGGUAGAGGACUGGGGAAGUGAAAGCGGCGGCGGCGGCGGCGGUGGUGGUGCCGUGUCAGACGCGGUAGACGCGGAGCGUAUGGCGGCCAUGAAGCGGGUGAACCCGAACUUUGUGCCGCGAGGCUGGAUCCUCGACGAGCUGAUUCGGCGGGUGGAGAGGGAAGGGGAGAGGGAGGUGCUGAAGCGGGCGAUGCACCUGGCACUGCAUCCGUUCGAGGACAGUUGGGCCGGGAGGGAGUUCGAUGGGGUGGUGUAUGAGGGCGACAAGGACGAGGAAGCGAGGUGGACGAGUGAUCCGCCACGGACUAAGAGGGCGAUGCAAUGCAGUUGUAGCUCGUGAAGAAGCUUGUGUCAGUAAUUGCGUCGAGGGAAAUGCACUAGACAGUCUUGGAUGCCUCGGAUGAACAUUCCAUUGGGUUGCUCUAUUUUGGCCAAGUGGGACAACAAUGAUCAUCUUUGCAGAGCUGACUCGCUAACAGUAUGGCAUGUCAUGGACAACGAGCAUGUCAUGCUUCUAUGCGAACCACGGGACAAGAAAGGAGUAAUAAUCAUCGAAUGUGGUUAA